AUGACUGAAGACCUUCUUCUGAUGCAUGCAUGUCAAAUUGAACAACAAGAUGAGAAUAUUCUGGAAGCAGCACAUCAUCAGCUCCAAAUGCACACUAAGAAUAAGAAAUACUUUAAUGAUAUCCAUAAUAUUCAGACCAACCCUCUUCAAUCUGGAGACCUUGUCUUGCUUCACAAUAUCAAAGAAGAACAGAAUAUAGUUAAGUCUGUCAAUCAAGAACUAGGUUCCUAUCAUCUUGAAGAGUUAGACAGCACUGAAAUCAAAGAAUCUAUUGCAGGAAGCAGAUUAAAGAAGUAUCUUAUAAGAUCUGGAAUGAAGCAGCUCAGUGAUAGCCCAGCAGAUUCAGAUGAAGAGAUGGAGAAUGUUCCUCAAAAAUAUGCCACAAGAAGCCAGCCUAAUAUUCCCUCUAGCAGUUCCUCAGAUGUUAGCUUCUUGGAUAGGAGGGAUGACCAAGGUCAGAGUGAGAGCAAAAAUGAAAAUAACCAAGAAGAAAUGAAGUAA